GUGUGUGCGGCAAAAGCUUUUUAUGGUGUUCCUUUUUAACUCGUCAGCGUCUGAAUCGUUGAUGUGUCCCUUUUCCGUUGUUGACGUUUGUUGCUCGCAGAAACGGGAAAUGGACCCUUAUCAUUUCCACAUUGAGAUUGCGGAGAAAACUGCGGAGCAACUCGCAACGAAUGCCGAACUACUGAAAGACUGCCAUGCCAACCUCGUUCCAUUCGCGGCCAAGUUCAUGGAGGACGAGAGGUUGCUCAGUCUUAACAAGCACGUCAAGAGCAUGGGCUUGGGCACCUACCUUGCUCAGGAGCACGGCAAGAGCCAGUACGGCAACAGGGUGACAAUCGUGCUGCCGGACACGGAAGGGAAAGGUGGCCGCGUCGAGUGCACCUGCAGAGUCCCUACCAGGUUCCACCACCUGUGCCAGGACGCCCUCGCGGUGUUGAAAUCAAUCGACAGGCUUGACUGCACGAGGGCGCUUAUUGAUAGCAGGUACACACUGGCUUCCUACAGGGUGCUCCACACCCACCCCGACUAUCCCGUCGUACUUCCGAUCUGGUCAGAGCUUUCCAAGGGCGACCUCCUGCCCCCGCGGCAGGUGACCCGGCAAGCUGGUGCUCCGAAGAAGCACCGUGCCCCCCGGCAGCGUUCCCGAUUCCCUGGUCGCAACGACAACUGCCAGCGCGGACGCGGCAACGUAGCCCAAGACGGAGGUGGUCGUGGCGGCGGGCCUGCCGCCGGGGGAGGGGGUGGUCGUGGCGGGGGCGGCAACUCUCGGCCCGUCCCGGUACAUGGGAUGGGCAGUGUUCGCAGCCACGUGGGAGACCUCAACGUCGGAGGUUCCGCGGGCGAGCGACCUACCGGGAGGUUGUGGGGGGGGCUCGCGGUUCAGCGCUACGGCUCGCAAGACGCUUCCGGCAACGACCACGCAGCGGGGGCGGGGGCCGGGUCAUGCGCUAUGCUGAGUCAAUCCCAAGGCUCCAUCGACCUUGUCGUAGCUCAAGUGGUUCGACUCGUAGCUCAAGUGGUUUGACUCGUCUUAGGGUUACGUAAAUUGGGCCUUUGAAUCUCUUCGUCGCACGUUGUCGGAGUCAAAUACGACGCUGUAGUCCGUGAAUGGCAGGGCGCAAGAGGUCGAANGGGGCCGGGUCAUGCGCUAUGCUGAGUCAAUCCCAAGGCUCCAUCGACCUUGUCGUAGCUCAAGUGGUUCGACUCGUAGCUCAAGUGGUUUGACUCGUCUUAGGGUUACGUAAAUUGGGCCUUUGAAUCUCUUCGUCGCACGUUGUCGGAGUCAAAUACGACGCUGUAGUCCGUGAAUGGCAGGGCGCAAGAGGUCGAAUGUGUGCAGAUUUGCGUAAAGCACCCGCGACGGCGGGGCGCGUGUUGUAGCGCCUAAUUUAUCGUGCCAGAUUCCAAAUGCUAUGCACAACAGACAAAGAUGAAUAGCGAAAUUGUCGAAUAAGCCACGCACGCAUAUGACUUCGACUUGGCUUGAAAAAUGGGUAGAACCGUCGAGCCCCAAGAGGAAGCUGUUGUGAAGGACGGUUAUCGUCAGCCAUGCGCACGCACGUACCUGCAAACCGCUUCUCACGAUAAUCGCGAAGAAGAGCGUUUGCGGAAGUGGCCCUUCACCCCAACAGACAGAUUCGCAACCGAAUAACUAAUCCACCGUAAACGCCCGUUACCCAAACGUGCACUUGUCAACGGGGGAGGAGGGUACAGUGCGUCGUGUAGAAACACAGAACGCAAGUGUUGGACGCGCCCCCAGACAUAGUUGCCGGUCCACGUCUGCACCGAUUAGUGGUGAUGUACACAGCGAAAAUAAAUUUGGCCACAAGCUUAACAUUUUGGACGCCAUGCGUUUACUGUGUUCUACUGCUGCACGAUGGCAACACUACGUGCGAAGAGUCUACUACAGUACCACACCGCCAAAGAAAGGUGUGUUUGGUGUUACCUCGGCAAGCAAACAUGCAUCUGCAGCAUUUAACUCUGUAUGGGUCGUUGUGCACAUUUGGAUGGCUUUCGGUGCGUGCGUGCACACAGAAUGUUGCACCACCUUCUGGCCUCGUGUCGCAGCUUCUACACGAUUCACUGGGGGGGGGGGUUACGGCUGUCUGCUGUGCAUAUAGCGGUGGGUACGUGUACAUAUAUCUAUGUCAUGUACGUCCACCUGUCGGAAAAAGUACCUUAGAACAUAGGUUGGGUUCAACCGAUGCAACACAUGAUAACAUAGAUAUGAUACAGGAUUGUUAUGGUGGUGGAGUUGAGUGAGGCUUGAGCCCCGAGUGCGUGGGUUUUGCGAACACAACAACCCUAACACCUACUACAUCAUCAAAACAAUGGCCCGCAAAACAAUUGCUUGCGUAGGACAUGGUCUCACAAGGUCAUCAACAGUCCAUAUUGUGAUCUGAUGUUGGCUGUGUAAGACGUCAGGCUUCUUCAGCGGAUGAGCCGAUGAAUAAUAACACCGCGAGCACGGGCAAGCGACAGGGAGGGUGAUUGAGUUGGACGCCGCUCCUGCGCUGCCGCUC